UUUGACUUAGAUUUUUUUUCUAACCGUGUAAAGGACAAUGAGAAACAUCCUCGCAGUUUGUUGCUGUUGGAUUUUGGUCAGUGGAAGGACUCGUGUGGAGGGACAAGUGGGAGCGAAUGGGGUAUGGAGGCAGAAGAUUCAAUGGCAGAAUAACGGGCAUGUGUACAGUUUACUGAACAGCGGCGCGGCUUACCGGCCGGCUGUCCACCGCAGCCGAGCGGAGCAGCAGAGUGUCUACCUGAGCAGCGGUGUCGAGAGGCCGCAGAGGAGCAGCCGGGCUCCCUCCCGUUACCCGCUCAACGCCGUCCCGUCUGGGGCCAUUCGUGAGCCGCCUCGGUAUCCGCAGCGUCCCGGGAGGAUGGCGGCGCCCCGCCACUUCCCGGGAUCCCGGGCUGUCAAUUUCACGCAGGGAAUCCCCCCGGAAGGAGGGAAUCCCCGCUCCGGCUACAGCCCCGUCUCCCCGGGGAUACAGGUGCCAAGUGCUCGCGGUUCGGCCGAACUGCAGUCGGACGAUCCGCGGAAUCCCUUCAAGAACGGGAACAGCGUGUUUUACGACUUCUACUCUUCGUCCUCACAAUCUUCUUGGCCCGGGACCCGGAGGAGGAUGGGGUUUGGGACCAGGUACUUCCAGAACGGACUUCCUGACUUAGUUCCUGAUCCAUAUUAUAUUCAAGCUUCCGUAUAUAUCCAAAGGGUGCAUAUGUAUGCACUGAGGUGUGCAGCUGAAGAAAAUUGUCUCUCAAGGUCUGCAUAUAGUCCCAGAGUGAAUGACCUCAGCAUUAGGGUACUUCUAAGGUUCCCACAAAGGGUCAAGAAUCAAGGAACUGCUGACUUCCUCCCCAACAGGCCACGCCAUACCUGGGAAUGGCACAGUUGUCACCAGCACUAUCACAGUAUGGAUCAGUUUAGCCAUUAUGACCUGUUAGAGGCGACCUCACACAGGAAAGUCGCUCAAGGACACAAAGCUAGCUUCUGUCUAGAGGACACUACGUGUGACCCUGGCAUCCGAAGGAGAUACGCUUGCACAGCACAUACUCAGGGAUUAGGUCCUGGGUGUUAUGACACAUACAACGCGGACAUUGACUGUCAGUGGAUUGACAUUACAGAUGUUGUUCCUGGCAACUACAUAUUGAAGGUUUCAGUGAAUCCAGGAUUCUUGGUACCAGAGUCAGAUGUAACCAACAACGUGGUUAGAUGUGAUAUCUUUUAUACUGGGAGCUAUGUGUCAGCCAGGAAUUGCAGAAUCACAAGAUUCUAAGGAUGAGGCCCAGUGGAUGGAGUCUACAGUUGGUUAGAAGUGUGUGCAAUCUCCUGCUUUUUGCUUCUUUAGUUUUGUAUUUAACAGUUUUAUGGAGGAAGUUGGCAAUUUUAUUCUUGCAUCAGACCUACGACAUAGAGAUGUCAACUCAGAAUACUCGCUACACAUCUGCAGGGAGUUUUGUGGUAAUUCUAAUAUAAUUUUGGGUUUUCAGAAUCAUGAUCCAUAUUGCCUUCUCUCUCUCCUUUCUUCUUUCCUUCCUCAUGCAGUUUUCCCAGUGAUCUUUAAUGGAUACAGAGAGUUUGUCUUUCUGAGUUAACUGAAAUUUUGGCAAAAUUAUUUUUCUCUUGCGCCUGUUUUUCUGCAAUUCUGUGACAUAUUGCUUGGUAACUAAAAGCUUGUCAAAUAAGAUCUAACUAUCCAUUUUUAGGAAUGCAAAUGUGUUUGGC